AACAAGAACUUGCAGCAGGAGAUUUCUGACCUCACGGAGCAGAUUGCAGAGGGUGGAAAGGCCAUUCAUGAGCUGGAAAAAGCAAAGAAGCAGGCUGAACAGGAGAAAUCUGAACUCCAAGCAUCUCUGGAGGAAGCUGAGGCCUCCCUAGAACAUGAGGAAGGAAAGAUUCUGCGCCUGCAACUUGAGCUCAACCAGAUCAAGUCUGAGAUUGACCGGAAGAUAGCAGAAAAGGAUGAGGAAAUUGAACAGCUGAAGAGAAACCAUCUCCGAGUUGUGGAGUCCAUGCAGAGCACGCUGGAUGCAGAAAUCAGGAGCAGAAAUGAAGCCCUGAGGCUGAAGAAGAAGAUGGAGGGAGACCUCAAUGAAAUGGAGAUUCAGCUGAGCCAUGCCAACCGCCAGGCAGCAGAUGCACAGAAGAAUCUAAGAAAUGCACAGGGAGUGCUCAAGGAUACCCAAAUACACUUGGAUGAUGCUCUCAGGUCACAGGAGGACCUGAAGGAGCAGGUGGCCAUGGUGGAGCGCAGAGCAAACCUGUUGCAGGCUGAAGUUGAGGAGCUUCGGGCAGCACUGGAGCAGACGGAGCGGUCAAGGAAAGUGGCUGAGCAGGAGCUGCUGGAUGCAAGUGAGCGUGUGCAGCUCCUUCACACCCAGAAUACCAGUUUGAUCAACACCAAGAAGAAGCUGGAAACAGACAUUUCCCACAUUCAGAGUGAAAUGGAGGAGACAAUCCAGGAAGCCCGCAAUGCUGAAGAGAAGGCCAAGAAGGCCAUCACAGAUGCAGCCAUGAUGGCAGAAGAACUGAAGAAGGAGCAGGACACAAGUGCCCACCUGGAGAGAAUGAAGAAGAACUUGGACCAGACAGUGAAGGAUCUGCAGCACCGUCUGGAUGAGGCUGAGCAGCUGGCACUGAAAGGAGGCAAGAAGCAAAUCCAGAAGCUGGAGGCCAGGGUGCGUGAGCUGGAAGGGGAGGUUGAUUCUGAGCAGAAGCGCAGCGCUGAAGCCGUCAAGGGUGUGCGCAAAUACGAGAGGAGGGUGAAGGAGCUGACCUACCAGUCUGAAGAAGACCGGAAGAAUGUUCUCAGACUCCAGGAUCUGGUAGAUAAGCUUCAGAUGAAGGUGAAAUCCUACAAGAGGCAAGCUGAGGAAGCUGAGGAGCUGUCCAAUGUCAACCUCUCCAAAUUCCGCAAGAUCCAGCACGAGCUGGAGGAAGCCGAGGAGCGGGCUGACAUUGCAGAGUCGCAGGUCAACAAGCUCCGAGCCAAGAGCCGCGAGUUUCAUAAAAAGGCAGAAGAGGAGGAAUGAAGAUCACACAAGGCUAAGAAGUGACUAGAGAGAUACACAAAAUGUGAACCUCUCUUUUCCUUUCUUCUGUAAUUAUUAUUUAUGUUCACUUAAUAAAUAUUGUAGAGACCU